GGCGGGAUUCAGUGGACCUUUUGCCCUCCACGGGAGAGGACGCGCAGGCCAGCGUUCACGCCAGUCACACGACCCCCGCCGUCUGCCAUGCCUUACUAGCAUGAGCCUCGAGCCGAAGGACCGAAGCGCAGCCGUGGUUUCCUCGACGUCGGACUGAGGCAGACGAGGAGACCGACAAGCCAGACAAGAUGUUGUACAACUGAUGACAUAUCUGCUUCUCCAGAAAAAGAGGAACUUCCACUCGGGCAGCAUAUGUUCGCGCAGUUCUUACACGCGGCAAAUGCAGCUGCGAUCUAUUCUGGGAUUAAAGGCUUCCUCGACGUGAGCGCGUGAAGGGUGAGACAGGUGUCGCGGGCGCCCGUGUGUGUGGCAGGACCGACGCCAGCUCAUGCCAUGACAGGGGACUCUCGUGAGGAGCCGUGAAGUGACAGGGGAGCUGGGCCUCGGCCGCGUCGGAAAACCGCGAUUGUGAUGAUGUAUGUGAUGUGACUCCAAAAGAUUUGUUAACAAAUGAGCUCCCGAGAUUGCGGGAGAUGUGAGUUAUGCCAUCAGAUAAAGCUCCCUGACGUUAUCUGCUUUGCUUUGAACCCGUCUGGAAAGCAGGACUUGCUUUGAGCAGGCAAGGGCCGAGAAGUGAACUGUGCUUGUCUUAUUCCGAUCCAAAGAAAGAUUGCACACGUCCGAGAAAAAAAAAAGAAUCGCAGCUGUUAUCUUAACGAUCUGUCUCAUUCUGAUAUUUUUGGAGAUAAUUAUGAAGUUACGAUGACCCUAUCAAAGUCUCGGGAAGAAGUUGUCUAAACCAGAAACGGUAUCAAGAGAGUAAUCUAAGCGGGACAGUGGUCAGUGUUCCAGCGAAGUUAGUGAGAUCAUUAGUAAUUUGCAUGCGUAAUAAAAACUCGCCAGUUAACAAGAUGAGUGAAACUUUCAUCAGCACGCUGUGUGGAACAUUCUUAUCGGAAGGUAAAAUCUGUUCCUGUUUGUAAUUUAUUCUGCGCCUCGGUUGUCUUUUGAAAGUAGUUACAGGCGACUUGGGAUUUCUGGAGCGAAAGGAACGGAGGUGAUUUCAACGUGGGCGUAAGUAGUGAUCUGUGCCACAUUCUGAGAACCGUUUUCUGCGAAAAUAUGAUUGACAAAGAUAAAGAGAUGGAGGGCUUGGCGGCCAGUCAAGCGACAAAGAUAUCCAUGUGCACCGACAACAACCACAACAACAGCAACAGCAGCAGCAGCAGCAGUCGCAGCCAGAGGAAGUCCUCCUCCCGGAUCGCGGAGAAGUACGGGCUGCGGCCGCGCACCGUCGUCCGCAGGCUGCAGCUGGAGAAGGGCCGCGACGACCUCCCCGGCGCGAGCAGCAAGACGCCCCGCAUCCGGCCGCCGCCGCUGUCCAAGUACCGGCGCAAGACGGCGAACGCCCGCGAGCGCCACCGCAUGAAGGAGAUCAACGACGCCUUCGAGACGCUCCGGCGCGUGCUGCCCGACAUCUGCAGCCGCCGCGCCGCCGCCGCCAUGACCAAGAUCACCACGCUCAAGCUCGCCGUCAACUACAUCCGCGCCCUGUCGCACAUCCUGCAGGACGGCCACCCGGGCGACAUCUCCUUCUUCGACGGCCUCGGGAUCGACGACCUCUCCAUCGAGGCGUCCGCGCCGCUGGCCUCGCGCGGCCCCGUCCUGCAGUGUCCGGGCCGCGGCGCCUUCCAGCAGGCCUUCCCGACGCCCUCCGCGGCCCUCCCCUCCUGCUCCGCCUCCGCCGCGGGUCGAGGCUCGUCGGGCAGCAGCAGCGACCUCAGCGACCUCCUCUCCGACGACUCCUGCGUCUUCGAAGACAACCUCGACGCCUUCGACGACAUCCCCGCCCUCCCGGAGGCCGACCCCUUCGCCCUGCUCCUGAACCCCGAGGAGGAGGCCCUCGCGCUCACGAGCUAGGGACGCGAUCGGGCAGGAAACGCUCGUCCAUUCCGGGAAGUGGAAUGUGGCGUUCGCCGCGCGCAGAGUUUGUCUUCCUCUAGGAUCUUGAGAGCAAGUACCGCGUUGAGGCCUCGUCGUCUCGUCGCCCCCCCCCCUCCCUCCCCAUGGCGUCAGAAGCGCUGGGAUCACCACAGCGAUUUAUCUCUAUUCUAUAAGGCUCGCUUCGUCUUCCUGUACACAUUGCUCACGUCCAAUACAUCAGCUGAUUCAACAACCUGUUCGUGUCCUUAAGUGUGAAUGUUGACAAGGUUGAAUUCUUCUCAUGUUCCAGCUGUCCACAUAAACCCUAUUUAAGACGGGGUUUCUCACAUGCCUUAUCCCGGUGUCUAAAACUAUGAUAUUGUUAUGUGAAGAUGUGGUCUAUUCUGACGUCAGUUUCACUUAAAACUUUAGCUGGUUUUAAUCCUAUUUGUAAAUGUUCUUUCCUGUUAUUUCUCUCUUAACAUUUUUCGCAGGGGAAAUAUCCUGACGAUUCUCAUGAAUUUUCUUCGUAUAUGAAAUUCUUUAUUCUUUCUUUUCUUCUCUUACAGAAUUAUGUCACUAUGUAGACAUAAUUAGGGUGCCCCAAGCGUUGUAAUUAGACGGGAAUUAAAGUAGGGAAACAGUGAACAAAUAUUUUAGAUGUAUAUUUUUAUUUUAGGUUCGCUAUCACUUUUGUUUCCAUAGCUGGGUGAUUUAUUAGACGGAUGUACAGUAUUUAUAUAGUUGAAUUUCAAUUACAUGUAUAUAAUUUUCCAUCAGUGUCCUAAGCUUAGAAUAAAGUUAAAAAUCAACUUU